CGUGUUGAGAAGUGUGUAUCUUGAAAACGUCCUUGACAUUUGUAACAGUCUGCUGACUGAACACUCAUUCAGGCACAGACCCACGAGUAGUAACAUUCGACUCUCACUGCCUCCGUCCAGAAUGUCGUCGUUUGCUCCUACAUCAUCUGACUCUGGUCCUGCGGUUGCACAGUAUGAAAAGUAUGAUGGACCUGAUGCCGAAUUUUUCCCAGGUAUUGGGAAGAUAGAGUUCAAGCCUGAUGGCGGGCCAGCUGACACCCUGGUGUAUAAACAGUAUAAUCCAUCCGAGACGGUGCAGGGGAGGACGAUGGAGGAGUGGCUGAGGUUCUCAGUGUGUUUCUGGCAUACAUUCAGAGGGACAGGUGCUGACCCCUUUGGUUUCCCGACCUUGAACCGACCAUGGGACGACGGCAGUAACACCAUCGCCAACGCCAAGAGGAGGCUGAGGGCAGGAUUCGAGUUCUUCUCGAAACUUGGCGUCAGAUACUGGACUUUCCAUGACAGGGACAUCGCCCCCGAGGGAAACACUCUGGAGGAGUCCAACAAGUACCUGGACGAGAUCGUGGACCUGGCCGAGGAGCUUCAGAAGAAGACUGGCGUUAAGCUGUUGUGGGCAACCUGCAACCUGUUUGCCCAUCCCAGGUACAUGAACGGCGCCAGCACCAACCCAGACGCCCACGUGUUCGCGUUCGCGGCAGCCCAAGUGAAGAAAGGCUUGGAGGUCGCAAAGAGACUCGGGGCAGAAAACUUCGUGUUCUGGGGAGGACGAGAGGGCUACCACAGCAUCCUCAACACCAAUGUCAAGACCGAGGUCACCCACAUGGCAAAAUUCUUCAGAAUGGCUUCAGAUUACAAGAAGAAGAUCGGCUUCACGGGCACCUUCCUGAUUGAGCCCAAGCCAAAAGAACCAACCAAGCACCAGUAUGAUUACGAUGCCAUGACAGUCAUCGGUUUCCUGAAGAGCUUUGAUCUGGACAAGGAGUUCAAGCUGAACAUCGAACCUAACCAUACAACUCUGGCCGGCCAUUCCUACGAACACGACUGUGUCGUCGCCUCGGCGAUGGGUAUGCUUGGCUCAAUCGACUCCAACACAGGCUCCCCCGAUCUGGGCUGGGACACAGACCAGUUCCCAAUGGACUUCAAGAAUACUUCUCUAGUGAUGAAGGUGGUAUUGGAUCAGGGAGGCAUCCAGCCGGGUGGACUCAACUUUGAUUGCAAGGUCCGCCGUGAAUCUACAGAAUUGCGGGACAUGUUCAGCGCUCACAUAGGGGCAAUGGACGCCUUUGCCCGCGGCUUGAAGAUUGCAGCCCGAGUGGCCAGUGACGGUACCAUCCCAAAAGCUGUUCAGGAAAGAUACAGCAGCUAUAGUACUGGAAUCGGUGCCAGGAUCGAAAGUGGAGAAACAAACUUUGAGGAACUGGAGAAAUACAUCGUUGAGAAGGGUGAACCACAGCGUAUAUCUGGCGAACAAGAACAUUACGAAAGCAUGCUGAAUUACUUCAUGUAGACAAUAGGUCCUGGCACCUGGCAUCUUUCAAGAACAUACAGGCAAUGGAUGCGAAGCCUUUAACAUUGGUAGAUUUUGUUGAUGAAAAGAAGAUCUGGCCAGAUGAUGAUGAAACUAAUUCAGACACAGUAUACCUGAAACAUUCUCCUGCACAUUAUGUGAACUCUAAAGAAUAAUUAUGUAUUGAUUACAAAAUCAUCUUUUGUUUCACAAAUGACUAGAUUUAAGGAACUUGUGCUAGCAGGUAACUGGUGCCUAGAGAAACGACUUUAAUAGUAGAAGUCCUUGAUUGACCACUGCUGCUGGCCAUUACCAAGUAGCACUGUCAACUGUCCUUCAGAGGGGUGUCUGUGGAGCUUUCGCCAUGUCUGUGUUUUGACUUAAAUACCAUGUUAAUGUUGUCCAGCAUUCCACAAUGUAUAUUGCUUGCUUAAAUUGUUUCAUUAUGAAUGUACAGUGCUAAGAUUUUAUAUAUGUUUCACAGGGAAACAUUCCUAUAGUUUUUUCAAACAAAAUUUGUUUUUCGUUGUUUACAUGUAAAAAAACCAUUUGAACAUGAUAUUAUGAAUCAGAUGUUUUUGCAAAAUGUAAUCCAGAACCUUCAUUAAACAAACACCGUGUUUGUAAUAAUAGACUUUAUUCCCUUUCAUUCAUCAGUGUAAGAAUAAAAUACAAUAUACAAGGUC